AUGGGCAAAUUAAUGAGAGUAGGAGAAUGUGGAAUGUCUUCUCAAGACAUGGAUUUUGAAGAGGAGCAGUUGAUCCAAAUUGCGCAUAGCUAUCUGGAUGCUUACUAUAGUCAGGGAACAGUUUGGAAAAGAAGCUCAGCAUCUUUGCUUAACAAGCUGGAAUACAUGCAGUCUUUUUUUAACCUGGAAGGAAAUGGACAAAUGACCUCAGAAACCUUUGAACUAAUGAAACAGCCUCGGUGUGGCGUGCCUGAUAUGGCAGGGUAUCGUUUUUUCCCCAGGAAAAUUAAGUGGCCAGUGUUGGAUUUAACAUACAGAAUUGUGAACUAUACCCUGGAUCUGAGCUGGGAAGAAGUGGACCAAGCAAUGCAUGAAGCUUUUCAAGUAUGGAGUGAUGUCACCCCUCUUCAUUUCACUAGGAUCUUUAACGGCACUGCUGAUAUUAUGAUCUCUUUUGGAUCCAAAGAGCAUGGAGACUUUGUUCCUUUUGAUGGACCAUUGGGUGAACUAGCUCAUGCUUUCCCUCCUGGUGACAAUAUUGGAGGGGAUGUCCACUUUGAUGAUGAUGAAAUAUGGACUAGUGAUUCUAGAGAUUUUAAUUUAUUUGUGGUUGCAGCCCAUGAGUUUGGCCACACACUGGGGCUGCAACACUCCAGUGACCCUGAAGCUUUGAUGUACCCUCUUUACACUUACCGUGGCCUGAAAGACUUUGUUCUUCCUGAAGAUGAUGUAGAAGGCAUCCAAGCUCUUUAUGGUCCAAAAAAGAGGGCAAUCAGUCCUAAAACUCCACAGAGGUGUGACCCCAAAUUCUCUGCAGACGCUGUUGCAGAUAUACAUGGCGAUAAAAUCAUAUUCAAGGACAUAUUUGUGUGGCAUCAUAAUUAUCAGGUGAUUCAUGAAGGUUGGAUGGUUAUUGGUUCUGUUUGGCCAGAACUUCCAAACUUCCAAGUUGAUGCAGCUUAUUAUUCUCCAGAGAAGGACCUUUUCUUCAUAUUUCGAGGGAAGAUGUAUUGGGCUCUGAAGGACUACAAGAUACUCAGUGGUUAUCCCCAGAAACUAUAUGAUCUUGGAUUCCCAAGCUAUGUACAGAGGAUAGAUGCUGCUUUUUAUGAUGUAAAGUCCAGGAAGACAAAAUUUUUCACUAGAGACCAGUUAUGGAGCUAUGAUGAGAGAUUUCAUUCUAUGGACCACGGCUAUCCCAAAAAAAUAAUGGAGGAAUUUCAUGGAAUUAUACAUAAGGUGGAUGCGGCAUAUCAGCAGAAUGGUAAACAUUUCCAUUGUUAUCUUAUUGUGUGA